AUGCCCUCGACCGAUGAACCACCUCAGAUGGACUGGACUUUUGGGCCUUGUAGUGCCUCAUGCAUAGCAGCGCUGUGCUCUUCGCCUACUGACGAGAGCUGUAUCUGCCCAGACAAGCGGUCUGGGGCACCGCCAUGGAGACGCGACCUCAUGGAGUGCCUAUACGCGAACUGUACAUCACUGGAAUACUAUGAAACGGCUGGUAUCACAUAUCACACUUGCGGCAUAUCGAACACUGUUGAGCUCUCGCUGGGCCCUCUCAUAGCUAUCACCUCAGCCUUCCAGUUGCUAUUUUUCGCUACAAGAAUGGCCUCCAUACGAAUCAAGCGCGAGCGGGAAUGGUCUUGGGAAGACAUAAGUUUCGUGGUGUCUUCAGUUCUCCUGGUUCUCACGCUGCCAGUGAUCAGCCUUGGUACGUAG